GUGAAACAGUUAAAGCACAGGUAUAUAAGAUUAUAAAAGAAGAAGCAUUGGGCAUUAUAAAAGAAAAAGCAAGAAUUAGGGAUGAGAUGAUCGCAGAAGAUCUUAUUAAAAAUAUAAAAGAAAAAUACUUAGUCGAUACUGAUUAUAAGCUUAUUGAAAAAAGCUUAAAAGAAGUAGAAGAUAAUUUUUAG